AUGCUUCCCUUUGCCUUUGAGUACCCUCCGGAGCAGAACAACGGAUACUGGGGAGUCCCCACCUCCACCAUUGACUGGUGUGAAGAAAACUAUGUAGUGUCCACAUACGUAGCCGAGGCUCUCAACACAGUGACCAAUUCAGUUUUCAUCGCAUUGGCGCUUUUCUCAACUUUUUCCUCGUACAAGAACAAGCUCGGCACUAGGUUUGUGUUUUCAAGUCUUGGCUUCUUCCUUGUCGGGGUUGGGUCAUGGCUCUUCCACAUGACCCUCCAGUACCAUUACCAGCUUUUGGAUGAGUUGCCCAUGAUCUAUGCCACCUGUAUCCCAUUCUGGUCGGUGUUUAGCGAGUUCAAAACUCGGAACCAAUCGAUUGCUGUUGGUGUGGGCAUUUUUACCGCGGCUAAUACGCUUACCGUAAUCUAUCUCUACUUCAAAGACCCCACCAUUCAUCAGGUGGCAUAUGCUCUUUUGAACGCAGGGAUCAUCUUCCAAUCGAUCAACUUGACCUACAAACAUGUCAAGGACCCACGUAAGCGUCUGGAAUUGUUUCUGGUGAUGAUCACUGGAGUUUGUACGUUUCUCCUUGGCUACCUUUUGUGGAACAUGGACAUACAUUUUUGUCUGUUUGCCCGGUCCACCCGAAGAUCCUGGGGGAUGCCCUACGGCUUUCUCUUGGAGGGCCAUGGUUGGUGGCAUAUCUUCACCGGUACUGGGGUCUACUACUACUUGGUCUACGAGGAGUAUCUCCGGUGUUUCCUCAGGGGCUCCGACCCAUACUACCGGUUCAGCUACGUGUUGGGGUUCCUCCCCAUGGUUGAAUGCAUAGAUAAAGUCGGCCUCUCCAAGUUCAAUGCCAUCCAGGAGUUGGCCAGAAAGGACCGCCAAUUCCUUGCGGCCGAGAAGAAGAAGCAGUAG